AUGAAAUUAUGGAUGAUGUUUCUCCUAUCAAAAUGUGUUAUCUCUAUAAUCUUAUCCAUUUUUAAGAUUUUAACUAUCAGACCUGCCGUUGUUAAGUAAAAUGGAUUUAAUUAAGCAUUAGCUAUAAAAAGAUUUCAACAAAAUAAACUUUAAUUUGUCAAACCAUAAAAUAUAUAAAUCGAACAAAAUUUGUAAAAAAUCGAAUUUGAAUUGAAGAAUAAAUAAUAGUAAUAGAGCCAAUCUUCUAGAGAACUUGAAUAAAGAAGAGAAAUUAAAAUAUAAAGUAGAAUAAAAGAUAUUGAUUAAAUUGAUGAAGAAGAAGAUGAUAUUUUAUUAAGUAAAUAAACAUCUAAUUUUGAAUACUCAAGUAUUAAAUUUCAAUAAAAAUAGAUAAUUCCUCAUUAUCUGAUGUAACAUUAUAAGAUCCACCUCAGUUACCUUUCAGUAAUUCUUAACCAAAAUUUAAGUAUAAGAUGUGA